UCGAGCUUCCAGCUGGGUGCCCAGUCACAGCCUGAAGCGGCUGCAGGAGCGCACCAUCACAGCUGCCAGGAGCAUCCAAGAGGUGAUGCGUGCCGCAGAGCUGCGGGGGCUGCUCCUCUCGCCCUAUCUGCUUUCCUUGCAUUAGUUACUGUCUCCUAGAGAUCCUCGAGCACCCUUCCGCCCUGCACUGUCCCCACCCCAUCCCUGUCCCAGUGGCAGUGGGCCCUCUUAAGCGCUCUCGGUCCCCCAGAGCGCUGCGACCAUGGGCAUCAGAGGGAUGCUGCGAGCUGCUGUGCUCCUGCUACUCAUCAGGACAUGGCUCUCAGAGGGCAACAACACCACUUCCCUCCCGGAAUUCUACAUCGAGCUCUCCUCGACCAUGCCUGAAGUCGUCCAGAACGUCUUCAAUUGCAAAAAUUGUGCAAAUGAAGCUGUGGUUCACAAGAUUUUGGACAGGGUGCUGUCAGGAUAUGAUGCCCGUCUGAGACCACAUUUUGGAGGUGACCCUGUGCCUGUGGGAAUAUCUAUGUAUGUCUCCAAUAUUGAACACAUCUCAGAAAUAACUAUGGACUGUAAGGUCACGAUGUUUUUUCAUCAAACCUGGAAAGAUCCACGUCUAGCAUACUGUGAGACCAACUUAAACUUGACUCUGGACUAUCGGAUGGCUGACAAGUUGUGGCUCCCCGACUGCUACUUUCUAAAUAGCAAGGAUACCUUGGUGCAUGACAUGACUGUGGAAAAUCGUAUGUUUCAGCUUCACCCAGAUGGAACAGUGCAUUAUGGCAUCCGACUCACCACCACAGCAGCUUGUUCUAUGAAUAUUCAGAAAUACCCUUUGGACAAGCAGAUUUGCAAGCUGGAAGUGGAGAGCUAUGGUUACACGGUUGAAGACAUCAUGUUAUACUGGGAAGGUGAUGAGAAUGCCAUCCAGGGGACUGAAAAGCUACAGAUCCCUCAAUUUAACCUCCUGGGAAAGAUAAUAACUAGAAAAGAGGAGAUUUUCUACACAGGUUCCUAUGUGCGACUAAUACUGAGAUUCCUGAUCCAGAGGAAAAUUAUCAACUACCUUGUGCAGGUCUAUUGGCCUACUAUCAUCACCACUAUUGCUUCUUGGGCAACGUUUUGGAUGAACUAUGAAUCUUCUGUAGCCAGGGUGACAAUCAGUCUGACUUCAAUGUUCAUCCUGAACACCAUCAAUUCACACCUGCGGGAAAAACUCCCUGAAUUUUCUUGUAUCAAGGCCAUUGACAUCUAUAUGGUUGUAUGCUUCUUCUUUGUGUUCCUGUCCUUGCUGGAAUAUGUCUACAUCAACUAUCUUUUCUACAGCCGAGUAGGAACUCGGCGCCGUCAUAGGCAACGCAGCAGAGCCCGAAAAAUCAUGGAUCACUAUCGCUACCAGGAGGAAUCAGAGCUGCAGCCCCGUGUGUGCCAGAGAAGCCAGGAAGAGGAGAUUCUGUCAGUCGAAACGACCACAAGUGCUCCUCCCUCCCCGAAAGUGGUUAUUCAUGUAGGAUGUGAAUCUGCUGACUUUAUGAGUCUAUCCACUAUUUCCUCAAAAGAUGACCAGUUUGACAUCAAAGAUGAAGGUGGCUCUCCUCUCUCUAGACCAGUGCAGGCCCACUCAGCAAGCCCAGAAAGCCUCGACUCUUUGACCUUCAUCUCAGAGCGGGUCCCACUGGCCACCUCAGAAAGCCUCAGCUCACUGUCUUCGCUCUCGCUCCAGUCUUGGCUGGCCACUGAAGAAAGCUUGAAUGAUCUCUCCCCCACCUCAGAGCAGGCACUGCACAGCUGUGACACUCACAUUAAUGGUUUUGAGACUGAUGGCAGUGUUAUUCCUACCAAAAUCUACAAUCCUGGUGAGGCCCAUUGCCAUGCUGAGACCUUCUGUGACCCAGAAGAACCCGAAGAGAGCUACAGCUUGGAUGACAACCAUGGCUAUGGCCCCAAUAGAAAGCAUCUGCUCAUCCAUGGCCAGGGGUGCAUGCAAGAAGCAAGCUGUGAGCCUGAUAACAUGCAUAGAUGCCGUGAGGAGUUCCUUCACUUGCCUGGUGACAUCAACGUUGAACAAGACUACCUUGACCUGGAGAACCAACUACAGCGUGAUGCUGACACUACCUGGAGCCAUAAUGAUGACAAUUUCAUGGGAUUUGAUGGAGAUGAGGACAGUAGUUCAGAAUCUGAUGAUAGUUGCCCCCCAAGCCCUGGGCACUCCUGCAGGGAAAGGUUUUGUUCUGAGAUCUUUGACCCUGACUACAUUCCUAAGAUUGAUAAGUGGUGCCGGAUCCUCUUCCCUCUUGCCUUUGUGGUGUUCAACAUUAUUUACUGGCCAUACCAUGGCUUUUAGUCCCAUAGUGCCCCAGAGUAGCAGGGACACUGUGCUGUGCUCCUUUCACAGUUUAUUUUGGUUCCGUUUUGCCUUCUUUCCUUUGUUAAUUUAAUUUUGGUUAUUUGGACAGUCAAAUCAGUUCUACCUUUCUCUUUAUAAACAUGAGGUGGUGAGUAGUUGGUAAUAACUUGUUCUGGCGGGAAGGAAAGGGAUUGAGAAAGAGUUAGAAGUCGAGAGCUAAUUGAUUUUUCUUUUCUACUGAAAGACUGCCACCUUUUCAAAUAUUUUUAAUAUCUAAUGAGUACAGAAAAGCCCCUGGAAAUGUUUAGAGGACAGAGAGAAGCCAUCUUGAGGGACAGAGGAAGGAGCUGAGCCCUGUGCACAAACAUUUUUGGGGACUUUUCUGUCCCCCUAAAGUGUUGAAUUUUCUUUUUCAUUACUUUUUUUCUUAUGCGUUUCCCCCCCUCCUAGUGAUUAUGGUCCUUGCUCACCUGUUGCUUAGGGUUUUAUGGGAGAAAGUCAAGCUUAGUUGGGCUAGGAUGCACAGGGAAAGGGCUAUCUAUGGCUUGGAAGUGCAGUAGACUGGCUCUGGGAAAACUGAGGACUUUUGACAGUGCCUUUUUUGCACGAUUUUUCUGUUUUAUUUUGAGUGUGUUGUUGUAGCACAAGAUUGGGAGUGGAAUGUAGGGGGUUAGAUAGGGGUGCUGAGUGAAAUGUCAGGUGAGAGAGCAUUUUUUCCAGCAGGAGCUGUGAGGUGCUGAGUAAUGUCAAGCUGGAGAUUAACCAAAUUGAACUGGCAUCUUUGUCUAUAUUUCUCUUGUCUAUAUUUCUGCUCCAGAAUGCUUGACAAUAGGGACUUAGUACAUGUGUCUAGGUCAGAUGCUGAUUUGAACACUAGUCAUAGAACAAAUACGUGGUGAAUGAAGAUUAGAGUUAGAAAAGUUCUGACCUGCUACUUCACCAUCUGGUCUAGAAUAGCAUAUGAACAACUGUUGUGAAUCUCUAUACUAAUCCUUUCUAUUUGUCCAGUGUAGUGUCAAUGAGCUCACAGAACCAUCAUUUCGUCAGACCCUCACAGGAGCCCUGUGAGCUAGAGAAGGCAAAGCACAUUAUCCCAAUGUUCCAAGGGGGAAAAAUGGAGCUUGAGAACAUGCAGCCAGUAAGUGGUAAAGCCACACCACUUGCUCUUCCUUCUUGUCCACUUAACUCUCUCAAUUGAGGCACUCCCUUUUUCUCCCCUUCACUUUACAAAAGGGGGUGCUCCAUCAGGUUCUGCUAGGCACCAGACCUCAUUCUAUGGUACCUGGAGCAUUUCUGCAGAAAGCCGCCAGUGACCAGUGUGAACAUAUGGAAUAUGGGCACUGCCCACUCACUGGGGCUUCUAAGGGAAGUAGAAAUUAGUUUGUGCUCCAAUGUGCCAAACAACUCCAACUCAUUGAUUGAGGCCAUGGAGGAACAAGAUUUGCAAAGCACUCAGCAUAUGGUCCUCCUUCCUUCCUAGGCAGCCUCCCUGCAAUCCCUCAGUCACCUCCCUUUUAACUGUGUUUCUGAGUUUGUUUCUGUGUAUACCAGGGUGUGCGUGUGUGUGUG